AUGGUCAAGGCUCUCUUCUCCGCGGUUGCGUCCGCAGCCCUUCUCUCUGUCGUCUCAGCAACUCCUCUUCCUGACUCGGAGGUCCAGAUCGACGACCUCUUGGGUUUCGAUGCCUCCUAUGUCAGCACACUCGGUGUGGAUGACAGCAACAUCCCAGAGGCAAUCACUCUUACCAUCGAUGAUGUUGCCAACGAGACUUCUUCCCAGAUUGAACCGUUCCUAGCCCCUGGGGUCGAUGUUGUCUCUCUUGAAGAACGCUUCAUUGAAGGCGCGGAUGACCGUAAACAGUACACGGGCACCGCCUACCCCUUCAUCUCCGUUGGCAGAAUCCAAUGGAGCAAUGGAGUCUACUGCUCCGGUGCCCUAGUCGGCCCUCGCCACGUCUUGACUGCCAAGCACUGCCUCAUCUCUGGCGCAACAGCCACCUUCUCGGCUGGCUAUGACAACGGCAGCCACAAGGGCCAGGCCCAGGUCACGACCACCGUCUCCAUCGUCACCAACGGAGGCGAGUGCGGCAUCAAGAAUGACUGGGGCGUCAUGAUCAUCAACAAGCGCCUCGGAGACAGCAACGGCUACUUCGGCGUCAAGCUCGUCGACAAGAACAAGAUCGGGCAGGUCGGCUUCAACCACGUCGGCUACCCCGGCGACCGCAGCACCAACGGGCAGAGGCCGUUCCGCCAGACCAACAACAAGGUCCUCGCCGAGCACGGCUACGGUUGCGACACCUAUGGCCCCCUGUCCACUAAUACCGAUUGCGCCGGUGGCCAGUCUGGUGGCCCAUUCUGGGAGACGCUGAGCGGCAAGUACUAUAUCUGGGGUGCUCUCUCCGUCGGUGUUACAUCUGGAGGAAAGGCCUGGGCUAAAUGGGGUUCGGGCAACACCAUGGUCUCAACUGUCGGGAGACUCAGAACUGAAUUCCCAUAA